AUGGCCGCUUCAAUAUCUUCAGGCGCUGACCAGAGUGCUCCCUUUACACAGCCUGUCUGUCAAAACUGCCAAACGUCGACCACUCCUCUAUGGCGCCGCGACGAAGCCGGUUCCGUCCUCUGCAAUGCCUGCGGCCUGUUUCUCAAGCUGCAUGGCCGCCCGCGCCCGAUUAGCCUCAAGACAGAUGUGAUCAAGAGUCGCAAUCGAGUCAAGACCUCGAGUCAAGGGCCAAAGAAGAAGGUCAGUGAUUCCCUACGCGUCCCGGCUGUUGCGCGUGCUUCUGACAAGUGGGCGCAGUUUGAGCACAAUGGGGGCCAGCCUCCUCAGACCGACAGUCUCAAUGGUAUCAAUCCUCACCGGCGAGUUUCGCAGAUGGCAGGCUCGGUCGCCUCUGAUAGAUCACAUUCGCCCAUAUCGCGCACUGGAACCCCUACGGCUCACCAAGACCCCAACAUCGCCCCUCAACACCUCUUCGACAGUGUAGCCGCCACGAUAGACCCUCACUACAACAAUCACAACGGCUCUCCGGCCGAUCCAGCUCUCCGUCCCAACCCCACGCAACCCUCUCCAAGCACGGUCCCCAUGAGCAACGGCCAACAGCACGUUGAGCCCCUCAUGAGUUAUGAUCAACUAGCUGCCCUCAACAACCGGCUCCGAACGCGAGUCUCCGAACUGGAAGUCAUCAACAUGGUAUACCACGAUAACGAACAGAAUCUGUGCCGGGAACGGGACCGAGCCAUCCAAGAACGAGAAGAGUGGAAGCGCAAAGUUGAAGAGCUGCAGAGACGACUCCAAGAAAUUAAUAAUGAUGACCCAGGACACAUUGCUAAGAAGCCACGACUCUCCCAGGAACCCAAAGAAUGA